UUUCAUAAACAUAAAUUUUUAAAACAAAAAGAAAAAAGGAAAUCAUAUGAAAAGUUGCGGCAUUAACUCUAAAUUAAAAAUAGCAAGCCAACAUGUUUCUCUCCAUCGCUCCGCCUUUAAUGGAUUUCGAAGACGAGCUGCUUUGGAUUAAUCAGUCCAACAGCGAGAAACUCGAGAUAUUGUACGACAAAUCGAACUAUGUGACACCGAACACCAAGCACCUCAUCGAGCAAGCCUUUCUCCAGCCACUCAGCCUCCAGGAUCAACACAUCCUGUUUGAUGAUCUGCUGAAGCAGAACACGGACAUUACUCGUCAAUAUGGAUUGACCCCGGCCAAACUACCUCUUCUUGUUGAAAACAAUCCUCUGAUUUCCAUUGAAAUUCUAUUAAGACUGAUGAUGACCACCGACAUAACCGAGUAUUUUAAUAUAUUGGUUAACAUGGAUAUCACACUGCACUCCAUGGAAGUUGUCAACCGACUAACUACGUCGGGUCCAUUGCCCACGGAGUUCAUUCAUUUGUACAUUAGCAAUUGCAUCUCCACAUGCGAAACAGUUAAGGAUAAGUACAUGCAGUCCCGCCUUGUGCGGCUUGUUUGCGUAUUUCUUCAGUCAUUAAUUCGAAAUAAGAUUGUGAACGUUAAGGAAUUAUUCAUUGAAAUUGAAGCCUUCUGCGUUGGGUUUAGCAAGAUAAAGGAAGCUGCUGCUCUUUACCGCCUUAUCAAGCACUUGGAAACUGGCGAGAGUGGAGCCCUGUCUUCGAACUCCCUUGCAAAGUAGCUUGACUUGUUACGUUUUAAAACUAGUUGAUAAUUAGCCAAAAUAAAAAGAAAUCAAUUAACCGCAGGAA